GAACCGACAUAGAUCCUGGAGAAUUAUCUCAGUGCAUAUAUUAGAUUUAAAUAUAAUUAUGACUACGACGGUGCUUGUUCGUACAGUUUGUACGGGUACAAACAAAAUGGUUAAUUUAUUUGGAAGUAACUUUCGGAUUGGUGCACUUUCGUUUCAGCCUUUGCGACGUUGUGCGGCAACCAAGUCUGAUGUUGAUGAUGCUCUAAAAGAGUAUAAAGAGGGCAAAUUUGACAAGCUUCCAGAUCCAGAUAAACUCGCACAUUUCAGGAAGACCAAACCUGAGGUUGUUGUACAUGAUGUUGAAGUCCCCAAACAAGAUGUGCUUCCAAUGGGAGCAGCUGCCCUACCUCAUCCAAUCUGGUCAGAAAACGAGCUUCACAGUGUUCAAAUUACCCACAAGCCUCCGGAGGGAUUUGUAGACAAGGCAGCAUUCUUCACUGUGAAGACCGUGAGAAGGGGAUUUGAUGUGGUGUCAGGGUUUAGCAGGGGAGAACGAAAUGAAUAUAAGUGGCUGAAGCGUAUAAUAUUUCUGGAGACUGUUGCUGGUGUGCCAGGUAUGGUAGCAGCCAUGACACGACAUCUUCAUUCCUUACGACGUAUGCAGAGGGACUAUGGAUGGAUUCAUACAUUGCUAGAGGAGGCAGAAAAUGAGAGAAUGCAUUUAAUGACAGCUUUACAACUCAAACAGCCAUCACGAUUGUUCAAAUGGUGCGUCAUAGGAACACAAGGUGUAUUUGUUGGAAUGUUCAGUGUUUGGUACCUGAUCUCGCCAAGAUUUUGUCAUCGAUUUGUUGGAUACCUGGAAGAAGAAGCUGUCAAAACUUACACAAGAUGCCUAGAGGACAUUGAAUCUGGAGCAUUGGAGCACUGGAAAACACAACCGAGUCCAGAAGUUGCCAUUACAUACUGGAACUUACCUGAAGAUGCAACAAUGAAGGAUGUGAUUCUUGCCAUCAGGGCAGACGAAGCUCAUCACAGACUUGUAAACCAUACUCUGGCUUCAAUGAAACCUACAGACUAUAACCCGUAUAAACCUGGAAAGUAAUGAUACACUUUAUCAAAACCUGUUGGUUAGCUGUUUAAAUUGAUUGUAAGUAAAAUGAACAACACCCUGGCUUCAUUGAAAUUUACAGACUAUAGAUUGUGUAAAUCUGGAUUAACUCUGACAUCUGUGGAACCUAUAGACUAGGGUAAAUCUCAAUUAAAUCCAGCUUCAUUGAAACCUACAGACUAUAGAUUCUGUACUCGGUCAUCAGUGGAACCUACAGACUUAAGUGUAAAUCUAGUUUAAAUCCGGCUUCAUUGAAACUUACAGACUAUAGAUUGUGUAUCUCUAGAUUAACUCUUGCAUUAUUGAAACCUACAGCAGACAUAAGAAAAAUUGUUUAAAUCUGGAUUAGUUUUGGCUUAAGUGUAAGCCUACAGACUUGAUUGUUCAAACCCGGGUAAAUUCUUGCAGCAGAGAAGCCUAACACGCUAUUUAUUAUUUUAAACUGGGUAUAUUUCAACAUCGAUGAAACGUAUAGACUUCAAAUAGGACCACCCUGGAUGAACUACAGGAUCAGUGAAAUUUACAGAAUAUAGAUUGCUUGAGGUUGUUCUGCACAUUCAGAUCAAAGAUUUUUCUUCAAUGUAGAAUUUGAUUAAACCAUGAUUUUUCAAAUCUACGUAAUAUACCAAGAAAAUUUGGCAAAUAAAAAAUCAGGGUCGUGUGCCUGAUUUUUUGCUAGAAUAAUUUGAAGAAUUUGGACGUCACAAAAGUUUUCAUAUUAAAUGGGCAUCUAAAGGAAAGUCACUAUUUUGAUAUCAUUUUUGUAAAUAGAAUUUUUUUCUAAAAUAACGAUUUUAAUGAAACAUCUCACAGUCAUAAAUAAACAUAUGGCCUAUAAUAUGAUAAAUAAAAUGAAAUGUAUACUGGUCCAUGUGCUUGUUUUUGAAAUAUAUGCCCAUGAUUAUAGAGAUUAGCACAUUACAGUCAAGCUGAUUUUAAGACAUUAUUUGGAAAUCAUCUAGUGCUUCAAAUUUUUCCCUGUAGACUGUCGGGUUGCCAUUAAUUCAGAAACCGUUUCAUCUUCAUAUACAAAGUCCAGACUUUAUUCUUCAUUAAUUAUCGAGAUAAAUGACGUCACGCCAUUACUUCAAGUUUUAAUGGUAUUAUUGACUGAUCUAUAAACUGUUGCAUAAUCUUGAACCAUUGAAACCUACAGACUCUAGAUCAAUAAAGAUUUAUAGUUUAUAACCCUUGUCAUCAGUGAAACUUGCUUAACUGUUGCAUGUAUCUUGCCUUAAAAAGGAUAGAGUGCCGUACUCUCUUGUUUUAUGUUUGAUAUUAUUAUAUUUUGUUAAAAGUUUAAAAACUUUUGUACAUUAAUUUUAUGAUUGUAUUUUAUGUAUGAUGUAAGUGAAAAUGAUUUUAUAUAGAUAUUUUAGAUGGUAGUACAUUAUUAUUGAAAAAUUGCAUAAUAUAAAUAUUGAUAUUAUUAGUUUAUAGCUUAUGUUGAAAAUAAAGUGUUGUUUUGGGAACCAGUUUAAGGCUAGGAACUAUAUGCAGGCAUAUAAGGAGAUAACUAGUCUUGAUUGCUAAGUUUUGUUUCAUGAUGCUUUUGAAGAUAGAAUAGUUGCAGUUUCGUAGUUUGUAGUUAUAGUUCGAGCUAUUCCAGGUGUGUCAUUCUGUGUAGGAAGUUUGUUGUUGUGUAGGACAAAAAUCUCAGUAGAAUACACUCUUACGAGGGCUGUUCAAAAAUAACGUAGACUUUGUCUCUAGCUUUUAUAUACUUCGAUGAAGCAAAACAAGAAAUACAACACUAUCAUUUGCAAUCUUUCUACCAACGUUUUGACAUGAUUAUGUUCAUGCAAUAUCAGGAGUUAAGCCACCUCGAACAAAGUUACUUGCACUAACCCUGCGCAUGGUGAUCAUAUUUCAUGACAAAGACGUUAUGACUUUAUCGAGAUACUCGAUAAAUUUAUUAAGUUUGCAUUAAUUUAUAUUUGUUUGCCUCUUUUAAUUUUAAUAAACAACACCUAAGUCAUAAGAAGUUGAUUGACUGGAAUACUGAGAAAAGUAUGAAAAAUUGUGCCAAGCAUCUCUGACAGCGUGCACACCAUGAGCAGUUCGGUCUUUAUCCAAGGGGUCAUAGCUCAACAUUAACAUUGAAUCACAGAUUUUUUGUUUUCUCUCUCGACCUUUGCUGACUUAUAGCAAAGCUUGGCCAUUCGCUUUUUCUCUGACUGAUUUUUUCGUUUUUUCGCUUCACAAAUCGGUCUGAAAAAGUAAAAAAUUGGUCCAAAACCAUCAAACCGGCAAAUUUCCGAAGCCCUGUUUCAGUAUAUGUCAACUUCUUGUGGAGCUUCACUUUAUGUUUUUUUCUGGUAAAUAAGUGGACUAUGAUCAGUGCGACCAUAAGCAGUUAAAUUCCAACCAUGACAGUUGAAAAAGUGACUGCUCCGGUUAUGCCUAGUUAUGGUAAUUUAGCUUCGCAUUAACAAAAAUGUUAUAAAAAAAAAGUUUUGACUGAAUUACACAAAGAUUGCAAAUUACAAUCGUAUAUCUCGAAUUGUACUAUACACAAAAGGCGGCUUUUGACAGCAAAAGUAUACAUUGUUUUUCAACUGCCCUCGUAACUUAGUGAACAAAAAAAACAUUCUAUUCCAGCUAAUUUAGGUACGUGUAUGUGAACAAAAUACUCUGUAAUUCCAGCUUAUUGAAUUAUGUAAAUGAAACACUCCCUACUCCAGCUCAGUUAUGUGAACAAAAUGCCCUCCUGUGCCAACUCGCAAUAUUUUAAUACUCUGAUAUCAGCAGGUUCAUUUAACAUAAUGGCUUGCAUAUUUUAUUAUACUUGAAUUUUCUUACGUUUCACCUCAAACACUUCAUACAUUCUUUAUAUAAUUUUAAAUAUUUUUAUUAGACUUUUCUAUACCUAUACAAUGCUUUUGUUAUAUAUACAUGUGUUUUGUAGAUUUUGUUGUUUGUUAUACAAAGUCAUGCUGUUCUCCACGAAUAAAAACUGAAUAUACCUUCAGUAAUUCACAGUUGAA